AUCAAAAUUCCCCCCUAGUUAGUUUGUCCUUAGUGACUUUCCGUACAUUUCAGCUGUUGUAAACUUUUUGUUUCUUUGAAUUAUUAUUCAGGCUCAAAUUGACAUGCAUCGCUCAAUAAAAAAAAGUGAGUCUGGCAUUGAUUCCAACAUUUCAGGCCACCCGUAUUGCGUCUCAGUAUUGAAAGAGGGCUACUGCACAGCUGAGCCAGACGGCUCGUUUAGAGCUGACGGUACCAUUUCUUUAAUUACCGGACCACAAAAUAUUCUAGUAGACACCGGGGGUCCUUGGGACCGAGACUUUCUCGUCGAAAAACUAAAGGAGAAGGGUAUGACGCCAGAAAGUGUUGCUAUAGUAGUAGGAACACACGGCCACUCUGACCACGUGGGAAACUUAGGGUUGUUUCCAGACGCCAAAAUAAUUGUGGGAUGUGACAUAAGCGUGGGGGAUCGAUAUCUACCAAACCAGCUGGCUGAGGGACAGCCACACCCUAUUGACGAUUUUGUAUCCAUCAUUCCAACACCUGGCCACAUGGGCAGAGAUGUCAGUGUCCUGGUAAAGGGAACAUCAGAGGGUACAGUCCUUGUCGCUGGAGACUUGUUUGAACGUUGUCAUGAUGAAGAUUCCUGGAAGGAGCUGAGCGAGAACCCUCAAAUACAAGAGACCAACCGACAGAAGGCGUUACAGAUAGCGGAUCCCAAAUCAUUUUUAGGACCGGAAAACAUCUGCUUCAGCACAUUUUGUAUUAGCACAUUUACUCCACUAGAGUGCUGUCAGAAAUAAUGGAUGUAAAUUGAUCG